AUGGCAAAAGGUACGAAAACUAUUCCGAUUGUAAAACCUUGUCGCACCCUAGCCGCUGGAGAAGAGUUUCUUUGCACAGACAAUGAUAGAGCUCUAUAUGCAGAACCUACAUGUUUGGAACAAUUAAUAACAUUCAAAAAUAUCUCUAACUGUCAACAACGAUCUAUAUUAAUUGAGAACCCAAAGGUACAACAAGUAGAUGACGAAAAUUGGAUCCUGUACAGUCGCACAGAAACCACCGUGUUACAAAAUUGCAAAGACGAUAUUACUAGAUUCUCUGUUUUUGGAACAUAUAUGAUGACCCUAAAUGAACCCUGCGAGAUCGUAGUGGACAAUAUUAAAAUUUACCAUCACUCCGCCUACUCCAUGAAUGCCGAGAUUGAGCCAAUGCCCAUAGUGAGCCUGCCACAACUACAUAGCGACAUCGAUACAUUAUCCGGUGCGCAUGCACUCGAUAUAAAGGACGUCAACCUCGACGAGAUCAAGUACAUGUCACACGCGUUGAAAAACAGUGAAUUAGGCGAACUGCAGGCCGAACUUGCCGCUCUCGACGCGGAAGCCGCUUCAAGUCGCAGCAGUCGCAGUGGUUCGGCCAGGAUCAGCGGAGAAAGAACAGAAAGAUGGGUACAAAGUUUAGGACAGCCAGUUUGCGUUGGCGAAGAUACAGUUAUUAGAGGCAUCCCCGCAGUAGGGCGCGAGCAAGUAAUAGUUCCGCCUCCCGGCCACCAGGCACCUCUGCCGGCCACUGGGUCAACUGCAUCCCCUUUUAACAGUUUUUUUCACCAGAAGCAACUUUCGAACGUCAAUAGGCCGUCCGAGGCGGCCAUGCUAUGCGUUGGCGAAGAUACAGUUAAUAGAGGCAUUCCCGUAGUAGGGCGCGAGCAAGUAAUGGUUCCGCCUCCCGGCCACCAGGCACCUCUGCCGGCCACUGGGUCAACUGCAUCCCCUAUUAACCGUUUUGUUCUUCAGAAGCAAUUUUCAAACGUCACAAAAGCGUCCGAGGCGGCCGUGUUAACGCGACCGCUCAUAUCCACGGAGCUUGAUCAGAGUAGCCUGCUUCAAGCUGUUGCUGACACUGCAGCUGCGGCCAAGGCGCUUGCUACUUCGCACCAUAUUGAAAAUAUUAGUAGGUUACAAAAUGCUCUUCGCGGCGCGGCCCGAGAUGCAGUUGGGUCACUGUUGCUGGCUACAGAGGACCCAAACGAUAUAAUUAGAGCUCUGGAGGAGAACUUCGCUCGCCCGGAAAUUAUAGUAUUUAAGGAAGUCUCCGCUCUAAAAAAUCUACCACGUUUGGGAAAUGACUUGAAAGAGUUAAUUACGAUAACGAAUAAGGUACGUAAUUCUAUAUCUUCUUUUAAAAUACUGGAACAAGUUGAGUACUUGCACUCUCCAGAACUAUUUCACGCCGUCUUAGGAAAAUUAAACCCGGUUACUAAAGUAAGAUGGACGGACUUCGCUAUGCAAGAUACUACAGGGCGUCCUAAAUUGGAGAUUAUGUCUGAUUUUUUGAGGCGCGAGUUAGAUCAACUUAUUCGGUUCGGUUUAUCACCGGAAUCUUGCUCAAUCCAACAUUCACCACAAAACUCUCAAGUAAACAAACCGUAUAAACGGGAAAACAUUCACAUAGUUACACACUCUAAACCUAAUUCUAAGGUGGUGUCUACUCAAAAGCCUGAAUGCGCGUUUUGCAAAAAAGAUCACAAUAUUAAGUCAUGUUCCGAGUUCAAAGCCUUAUCUGUUGAUGAAAGGUGGGUAUGGCUGCGUGAGGUAAAAGCGUGUUAUAGAUGUCUUAAGCGUUAUUCACAUCAAUGGAAAACAUGUAAAGUUAACCCUUGUGGUGUCGAUGGGUGUUUAUUACGUCAUCAUCCGUUACUGCAUGGUAAACAACCCGCUUCUUCUAUCAAUACUGCGUUCGACACGCAAUCCGCCGAAAAUGAUCAUUCGACUACGCAGCACGAGCCUACAUCUGUCGAAAAGGUAAUAAUUUCUACCACGUCUACAGGUGUUCAAGAACCCAGCUCUAUCUUAACUAUGUGCCCACGUAUAUUUCUGAAAAUCUUACCUGUUACUGUCUCUGGUCCCUCAGGAAGUUGCAAUGUUUACGCACUUCUCGACGACGGUAGCACUGCUACGCUCAUCGACUCAAGUAUUGCUGCUCAAAUAGGUGCGACAGGGCCUCACCAGAAAAUAACGGUCAAUGGUAUCGGUGGUCUUAGUAGAAACGCUACGAUAUCGUAUGUAGAUUUUCACAUUAAGGGUAGGCACACACGAGACACAUUUUUAGUGAAAAAUGCGAGAGCUAUGGAGUCUUUAUCUCUGCGUCCUCAAACAAUUAGGCAGGAAACUAUUGCUUCUUUCGCACAUUUAGCAGAUUUACCUUGCAACGUAACUUACGAAGAUGCUACUCCAUCAGUUUUAAUUGGGGCGGAGCAUUGGCAUUUGUCCAUCAGCAGCGAGGUAAGGUGUGGUGGUAAGAAUGAACCCGUUGCCUGUUUAACUGCCUUAGGCUGGGUGCUUUAUGGAAUCGCGAGCAGUAAAACUAAAUUAGUGGAGUUUGUUAACCACGGUGUGUGUAUCGAACCUUCCGAUGACGAGAAAUUAGACUCUCUUAUUAGGGAACAAUACAAAAUUGAUUCAUUAGGUAUUUCUAAAAAAGAAACUCUACAUUCUAAGGCAGAUAAACGUGCAGUCGAGAUCUUAGAAAAGACUGCUAGACGUCUCCCCACUUCUGGUCGAUUUGAGGUUGGUAUGCCGUGGCGUGACGAUAUACAGCGCAUUCCCGACAGCUACCCUCAAGCCAUGUCACGAUUUUUAAGUCUAGAAAGGCGCAUGGCUAAAGACGCUGACUUUGCAAAAGCAUAUGACGUGUUCAUUUCAAACAUGAUAGCGAAAGGUUAUGCAGAAGAAUGUGCUCCUGAGUCAUACUACGCCAACCACAUUAAAGAUAAACAAUCUUCUUUUAUGAGGCUAUAUUUACUCCAUUUUGGCGUGUACCACCCUCAGAAACGUAAGCUUCGUGUAGUUCACGACGCCGCAGCCACGAAUGAAGGCGUCAGCCUAAACUCUUUGUUGUUACCUGGCCCAGACCUGCUUCAGCCUUUGUUAGGUAUUUUAUUUCGGUUUCGCGAGGGUCGUAUUGCUCUCACUGCUGAUAUCCGGGAAAUGUUCCCUCAAGUAAGGAUCAGGGAGCAAGAUAGGGACGCUCUCCGGUAUCUCUGGAGGUCAAGCAGAGACCAACCAAUAAAGGAGUUUAGGAUGACAGCCGUCAUUUUCGGUGCGUGCUGCAGUCCAUUUAUAGCACAAUUUAUUAAAAAUAAAAACGCUUGUGAGCACGAAAGUUUAUUUCCUAAGGCAGCUCAUGCUAUUUUGUAUAAUCAUUAUAUGGACGAUUAUAUUGACUCUCUCGAUGACGUUCAAGAGGCAGCACAACUGGCGGCAGAUAUUGUUACCGUACACAGCGAUGCCUGCUUCGAAAUACGGGGCUGGAUUUCCAACGACCCAUCAGCGCUGAAAUUUAUUCCUGCUGAUCUUAGGGCCACUCAACCGUCGUCGGAAAUCAAUGUUGGCAGCUGCUCUGCAAAUAAUAUUAGAGCAUUAGGAGUAUUGUGGAAUCCCACAACAGAUAAUUUAGGGUUCCGUUCAGGGUUAGGUGAAACAUUUCCGAACCCUCUCACAAAACGCAAAGUUCUUUGUCACCUCAUGCGUGUGUACGACCCGUUAGGCUUAUUAGCUCCAAUAGUUGUAAAGGGUCGAAUUUUAUUCCAACAAACGUGGAGGUCUAAUGUCGACUGGGACACCGAGUUCCAACCCACGGAAGCAUUAAGGUGGUCUGAUUGGUUUCAGGAGUUGUCAAAAGUUACUUCUUUGGAAAUUCCACGUUGGUAUUCUAACUCUAAAAACUUUGAACCAACUCAAAGGGAGUUACACGUUUUUGCUGAUGCAAGUGAGCUCGCUUACGCAUGUGUCGCUUAUUGGCGUCUUUUGUACUCAGACGGCAGCAUCGAGCUUUCUCUCAUCUCUAGUAAGGCAAGAGUUACACCCUUGAAACCUACCUCUAUCCCACGUUUAGAGCUCCAGGCCGCUUUAAUAGCUUCUCGUCUCGCGGUCACCAUUAAGGACAGUCAUAGAAAACAACCGGCACAUACCUUCUUUUGGACUGAUUCUAUGACAGUCCUUCAGUGGUUACGUAGUGACGCGCGCUCUUUUAAGCCUUUUGUUGCCCAUCGUUUAGGCGAAAUUAUUGAAAACUCUUGCGUCAGAGACUGGCGAUGGGUACCAACAGACUUGAAUGUUGCCGAUGACGCUACCAGAACGCGAUCAAUUAACCUCGACGCGUCCCACAGAUGGUUCCGCGGACCAUCUUUUCUAUUUAAAUCCUUUGAGGACUGGCCUACAGAGCCGAGGUAUGCCUCACCAAAUACCGAUGAACUCAAGACCAAUAGUUUUGAGUUGGUCGGACUAACUUCCUUUGUCGAAGAGUUACCGACACCUGUCACAGCUAUUUUUGCCAAUUUUAGUAAUUGGCAGCGCUUAUUACGUGCCACAGCCCGGGUACUUCAAGCUGCGGCAAAGUUUGGUGUAAUUUUGGCUUCCUUCAGAAAUUCUAAAUUGAAAGGCGAAGUUGUUUGUGCCCGCCAUCCUUCAGCGUCCACUACCCUACCGCCUCUUAGUGCAGAUUUAAUAAAGGCCGCUGAAAGGCAAAUUCUGCAACGAACACAGCUCGAGAGCUUUUCCAUAGAAUUUCUUCAUGUCCUGAAUUCGAAGCCUAUUCCUCCGAACAGUCGUCUCAAAAAACUGUCACCCGCUUUGGGAGAGGACAAAUUACUGCGGUUAGCCGGAAGAAUUAAAGCCGCAGAAGGCAUUGAUCCUGACACACGCUUUCCCAUCCUUCUUGACGGUCGUCACCCAAUUGUACGUUUAUUGGUACAAUUUUAUCAUCGAAAAGCGGGUCACGCAAAUUAUGAACUAGUCGUGAACGAAUUAAGACAAAAAUACUGGUUGUUAAGGCUGAGGAACACAGUGAGAACAGUAGCUAAAGAGUGUCUGAUCUGCAGAAUUAGAAAGUCCUUGCCGGUGAACCCGAAAACAGGAGAUCUGCCACCUGAAAGAUUAGCUCACCAUCGACGGCCCUUUACUUUUACGGGCCUGGACUACUUCGGCCCCAUAAGCGUCACUAUCGGGCGCAGGCAUGAAAAACGUUAUGUGGCUCUUUUCACCUGUUUAACUGUCAGAGCCCUUCACCUGGAGAUGGUACAUAGUCUAUCUACUGACUCUGCCAUCAUGGCUAUUAGAAGGUUCAUUGCAAGACGGGGCUCUCCAGAUACUAUUUUUUCGGACAACGGAACCUGCUUUGUUGGUGCCAAUCGCAUUCUCAGAGAGUUCUACGGUGAAAAUGUCGAAGAUUUCAUGAGCACUCAAGGAAUACGCUGGAAGUUCACCCCACCAGCAGCACCUAAUUUUGGAGGAUGUUGGGAGCGCUUGGUGCGAUCAGUUAAAGUAGCUCUGAACGCAACAUUAACCGAACGAGCUCCAAAAGAAGAAACCCUAAGCAGUUUACUAGCCGAGGCAGAAGCCAUUGUCAAUUCACGUCCAUUAACUCAUGUAUCUACAGAUCCUGACGACCCGACAACACUCACACCAUUUCAUUUCUUAAUCGGUUCUUCGUCCGUGCAGACCCUACCUACUGCCUUGAAUGAUCACGAUUUGGUCAGCCGUUCUGAAUGGAGGAAAGCAUUGAGGCUAGCGGAUCAUUUUUGGUCACGUUGGAUGCGCGAGGUUCUCCCGACACUACAACCACGUGAGCAGCCAAGAGGCAACCGCAGUUCAACAGCUCUUCAAGAGGGUGACAUAGUGAUCAUAGCUGAUUCUAACUUACCCCGUGGGACAUGGCCACGAGGCCGUGUCGCGAAAACGUACCGUGGGAAAGAUGAUGUGAUAAGGGUAGUGGACGUCGCAACAGCAGGGGGUAUGCUACGCCGACCCGUACGAAAGCUGGUUAGGCUCUCCACCUAA